UGAACAGACACGGAAAUGAGCUCAGAGCUUAGGAAACUUGCCCCAGGUCGCAAAUUAAAUUGGUGUCAAUGUAGAAGUGAACACAGCCUCAAACUGGAAACGGUCCAAAAGGCUGCAAGAGAAAAGAUCACAGCUCUUUCCAAGGCUCGAAGUGUUCGUCUCUAAGCAGUUACUGGAAGACUGUGCCAGACUUCCCCUUCAUCUUUAUCCUGUGAGCAAGCGGCAUAGUGGAUUAGUCAUUUUCUCUCUUACAGGUGACUGAGGAUGUUUCUCACGUCCUACUACUGGUUUCAUUGUCCCAAGGAUUUCAUUUGAAAGGCGGGGCACUCCUUCACUUCCCUCCACCCCAACCGGAGACUGGAGUCUGGACCAAUGAAAGCAUAGAACCUCAUUUACUGGCACUAAGAACUGGCACUAUUUAAGUGGUAGCAAGAAUGGGCUGUGAACCGCGUCGGCUUUCUCCACAAAGGGGCAAGCUAUCAUCCGAUCUGUGGCAUCACUGAGCUGAAGAGAGGGAACAGAGGAAAGACUGCAGGACUCCUGGUGCCACUAUGUCCUGUGAAAAGUGUGCAAAAUACAUCGGAUACUGUCUGGUGUCGGCUGCUGUCUUCUGCAUCGUAGCUAAUGCUUUGCUCUACUUUCCUAAUGGGGAAACAAAGUAUGCUACCGAGGACCACCUCAGCCGCUUUGUGUACUACUUUGCCGGCGUUGCAGGCGGAGGCCUGCUGAUGCUCCUGCCAGCGUUUGUGUUCAUUGGGCUGGAGGAAGAGGACUGCUGUGGAUGCUGCGGCUUUCAAAACUACGGCAAGAGAUGCUCGAUGCUUUCUUCUGUACUGGCUGCUCUGAUUGGAAUCAUAGGAUCUGGCUACUGUGUCAUUGUGGCAUCGCUGGGUUUGGCAGAGGGACCAAAGUGCAGCGAUGACAAUGGAGUAUGGAACUACACCUUUGCCAGCACUGAGGGACAGUACCUACUGGAUUCCUCGACGUGGUCCAAGUGCUAUGAGCCCAAGCAUAUUGUGGAGUGGCAUGUGACUCUAUUUUCUAUCCUCUUGGCUUCCUCUGCGAUUGAAUUCAUCUUGUGUCUCAUUCAAGUGAUAAAUGGAGUACUAGGAGGCACAUGUGGCUAUUGCUUCUCUCGCCAACAGCAAUAUAACUGCUAAAAGAGAACACAAGACAGAACCGUGUGCUUCCUGUAUUUCACUGUAAUUUGCAAAUUUUACCUGUGUUGUGAGACUUUGCACCUUGUGUCAUAGCCCACCCUUUCUGCUUUUAUAAGGAAAUGUGCUGACAUCAUGACAUGAUGUCAGUGUUUACAUUCAUAAAACAAACUUUGCUUUGAAGAACAAGGCAGCAAACUGCACUCACUCGGAAGGGAUUUUACAGACUUAAUGACUGUUCUCAGCAUAGCUGAGAUAAACUCUUCAAUGUUUGAGAUAAAAAUCAUAUCUAACUAUUGCACAUACAUGCAUUUGUUCUUUUAAUAAAAGAUCUCUGGCUUCCUUUUUAAGACCAAGAAGGACCAAAAAAAAAUUCUGAAGAGAUAUAUUUUACUGUUUAUAUGCUGUUUUCCAUUUGUACGUGAACAAAUCUCUAAGAGACUUUCUGAAGUGAGAGAAAACUUGCCUGGAUUUGGAAAUCUCACUGAGAAAGCGCUAACCCAAGUAUGGGAGAGGAAAUAUGUGAAACUGACAGCGGCCGUGAACACUACUUGAGGCUGAAGUUUUCUAGCAUGUAGAAAGCUUUCUGUCCUUCAAAGACAAAGACUGUUUCUGUCAACAGGAAGGUCAAGGUAGUUAGACGAGAAGGAAAAUGAGACAUGGAAUAAAGCAGUUGAUCACCAUGGUGGGAAAAUGGGAGAGGUAGAACAGGGUCAGGAAACUCACAUGGGAAAGCUUCCCAAACUUGCCUUUGAGCAUAGAAUUAAGUAUUUGCUACCAUUCAGCUGUGAUUUUAGUUUUAUGUCUGAAGUGACACCCUCUCUCAUCAGGCAAUUUAUCGGAGUCAUGUAGAGAGGACUCCUUCCUAACACUUAGAAAGUUCUAUUACCUUUUCUGGAAGACAAAAGACGUUUUCAGAAUAUGGGCUUUUGCGUGUGGAGAUCCGGUUUCUAACUUAAUAGAAUUUGAUUUGAAAGGAUACACACAGUGAAUACACCCAGUAGGACAAGGCAAUGGUAUUGUCCACAGCUUCUGGUUUUCCAUCCCUGUCUGUGGACUGUGGUCUACAGGUUGGGUGGCAUCUAUGCAAAGGGCUUGCUUUCCUCUGGAUCAUCUUUCCUGCUUUCCCUGCCUUAUUCCCUCUUCUUCCUUUUCUAUCAACAGAUAACCAUGGCUAUGCUAUCCUUCGAGGCUAUCAAAUCAGCUAAAUAUCUUUCUUUCUGCUGGGUGCUCCAAUAAUCAAAGUAGUAGGUAAGGUAGCAUGUUUUUCUCUCUUAGUGCACAAACUACACCUCGUUAUUUGUUUGUUUGUUUGUUUGUUUAUUAAUGUAAAAGGAUCCCUUAACCUACUACUUGGCAGAACUACCUAGAGGGAGACAGAACUGUGUAUUUGCUCACAGUUUCAGAGCUUUCAGUCUGGGGUCAUGGACUGCACUGAUAAUAGGCCUGUGGUAAAGCAGAACAUCAUUGGGGUAGGAGCAUAGAUCACUUCAUGGUAGAUAGGAAGCAGGUAGAGCAAGGUGCUGUGUGUGAGACGUAACCUUCAGAUGUAUGUCCUCCAACAACUUCCUCCAAUUAAGUCCCACUUCUAAAGUUUCUACUGUCUCCUAAAACCAUUCAAGGACCAACUGUUAAAUAAACACUUUCAGAUAAUAAUGAUUAAGAUUUUAUACAGAGGGCUUGACUUUGGUUGUUUAUUGUCCUGGAUAACAGACAAGAGAGUUAAUAAAGGGUUUUGCUUGCUAUUAGACAGGCACAUUCUUCUUUUAGGCAAGGUACCUGCUGUGGUGCCUGACCCAAAGUUGUAACGUCUUUGUGCUAUGAUCCCUUGGCAAUCUGGUGAAAGCUGGAGACUUUUUAUAAUAUCUAUAAGCACAUAAAAUAAAACAUAUAGACAUAAGAAGUAAAUUAACACAUUGGAAUAUUUUAUCAAAGAAAUUAGAAGUGGGCCUAGAGAGAUGGCUCAGUGGUUAAGAGCACUGAUUGCUCUUCCAGAAGAUCUAUUUUUGAGUUCUAGCACUCAAACUGCAGCUCCCAACCAUCUGUAACUCCAGUGUCAGUGGAUCCAAUGCCUUUUUCUGGCUCCACAGGCAUCACCUACAUGUGGUGCAGAGACAUACAUGCAGGUAAAACAUUCAUCCACAUAAAUAAAAAUUUUAAAAAAAGUCAAAA